AUGGGGAAGUUGCAAAAACUGGAUAAUAGGAUUCAAGUUAUGCUCCAAAAUGGUGUUACCCAACAUCACCGCACUAUUUUGGUGAUCGUCGGCAACAAGGGUCAAGACCAAGUGCCUAUAUUGCAUCAAAUUCAAACAGCAAUGGCAAAAAAAGGAAUGAUCAAAGUUCUAUGGUGUUAUAAGAAAGACCUAUCAUUCAGCACUCAGCGCCGCAAGGCUGGUAUCAUUAGCGAAGGAACUGUAUUUGAACAAUUUAUUUGUUCAACUGAUAUUCGGUGGUGCUACUACCACGAGACAAAUAAAAUACUUGGUCAAACGUUUGAUAUGUGUGUCUUACAAGACUUUGAGGCUCUUACUCCCAAUACUCUUGCACGCACUAUUGAAACGGUUUCUGGUGGUGGUCUUGUUGUUUUUCUGCUGAAGUCAAUGGAUUCCCUUAGGCAACUGUGCACGAUGGCCAUGGAUGUCCACGCUAGAUACAGGACCGAAGCGCACACUGAUAUCGUGUGUCGUUUUAACGAGCGCUUCUUACUUUCGCUUGCCCAGAAUCCCCGGUGCAUUGUCAUCGAUGAUCGUUGGAAUAUAUUGCCGAUUUCAAAGAGGGUUAUUCACAGUCUUAGUUGCAUUCCAGAUCGUGAACAGUCGGAGCACAUACCAAAGGAGCAGGAAGAAUUAACCAAAUUAAAAGUUCUUUUAGCUGAAGACGGCUCAUAUUUUGCUGCUCUGGUUAACCUUUGCAAAACGUUGGAUCAGACAAAAACUCUCCUUCAAAUUUGCUCCGCCCUUAAUGACAUCGCUAACCCUUUUGACAAGGCAAAAGUCGCCAAGAAGUCCAACAUUACCGCCAAACUUUCUCAGUUCGAUCCUUCUACACAGAGGUUAAUCACCAACCUCUCCGACGGUGGGACCAGGCUCAGCACUUAUAAGUCAGCCUCCAUGGCUGUGGUUGUCGUAACAGCAGGUCGCGGUCGCGGCAAGUCUGCUGCCCUUGGUUUGGGACUCGCCGCCGCAUUUGACACCGGUCUUCCGAGCAUGUGUGUAACUGCACCAAGUCCUGAGAACCUCAUCACUCUCAUGCAAUUUGUUUUGCUCGGUCUGAUGGCCCUCAAGUAUGAGGAACAUGUGGACUACACUGUGCAUCGUUCCACGGAUCCCGAUCACAAUAAGGCAGUUGUGAAAAUCGAAGUAACACGUCGUUCGUAUCGUCAGAGUCUUAUUUACCUCCAGCCUUGGGAGGCAGUAGCCGGUGGGGGUGGGAGCUGGCAACCUGACCUGUUUUGCAUCGAUGAAGCCGCCGCCAUUCCCUUACCUACCGUGCGUCAAUUGAUAACUGGACCCAAGUUGGUUCUCAUGGCAUCAACUAUCAACGGUUAUGAGGGUACGGGUAGAUCGCUAUCGGUGAAGCUUAUCGACCAAUUAAGAAGUGAGUGCCAACGGGUUGAUGCCAUGUCCAACACUAGCAAUGCAGAACUGAUAAAAGGGUCUUCAGAGAUGGGGAAGAGUCUACAGCUUUUGGAUCGGACCCGCCUCCUCUACGAGAUUUCGCUGAAAGAAGCUAUUCGAUAUGCAAAUGGGGAUCCAGUAGAGAUCUGGUUGAACAAUUUGCUUUGUCUUGACUGUGGGGACAAGUUGUCCUCCACAGGUUCGAACACCGGCGGCAUCGCUCCAGCUCCCGAUGAAUGCAAGCUCUACUACGUAAACAGAGAUACCCUUUUUGCCUACCACGCUUCGACAGAGGUCUUUUUGCAACGGCUCAUGGCCCUCUACGUCUCCUCCCACUACAAAAAUUCUCCAAACGAUCUGCAGCUGCUUUCAGAUGCACCUGCUCAUCACAUAUUCUGCCUCCUAGCGCCAUACGAUCCAAGUUCAGGUCGUGUUCCGGAAAUCCUUUGUGUAAUCCAAUUGUGCCUGGAAGGCAAGAUCAACCGCGACAUUGUAAUGCGUGGUUUAUCUCGCGGACUGAAGCCCUCCGGUGAUUUGAUUCCAUGGACUAUUAGCCAACAGUUUUGUGAACCCACCUUUGGUGAACUCUCAGGUGCGCGUAUCAUUCGAAUUGCCACUCAUCCGGACUACCAGUCGUUAGGUUAUGGUUCCAGGGCGCUUCAACUAUUACGCAAGUACUAUCUGGGCGAGAUUCCUCUUGACGUUACCGCCAGCGUAAAAUCUAUGGAGGGAAACCAAAGGAAGCCGGAAGUCGACUCGGAGAGUGAAAACGAUGAUACAGGGAGCGAGGACGAAGAGGAGAUUCCAAACAACCUUUCGGAUCCCGAGGAAGAAAGCCAUUCAUUCGAAAAGGUGAAAAAACCUUCAGAAGGCGCUGAUGUUCCAAACUCUCAACUUCUCACCGAAAAGGUAGAGCGACGGGCUUCUGGCAGUCUACCCCCUCUCCUCAGUCGGCUGAGUGAACGUCAGCCGGAGAAGUUGAACUACAUUGGUGUCUCUUUCGGUGCGACGCCUAAGCUUCUGCGCUUUUGGAAAAGAGCUGGUUACUUACCCGUCUACCUGCGCCAGACAAUGAACGAGCUAACCGGAGAAUUCUCGUGUAUUAUGUUGUCGGAAUUGCGUCGCGAUGGCGAACGGUUCGUCAAAUUGUUACCAGGACCUUUUCGUGUUCUGGAUGCGGCCUACUCACUAGAAUUGCUCGUCUCUAAGUCGACAAGUUCUUGGAAUGGGGAAGAAUUGACGAAUGCGGAGGUGAGGCAGUACUUUUCGACGAUCGACUUAGAACGCUUGCAUCGCUAUCUGCGCUCCCUUCUAGACUUCCCGAUGGUGGCCGAUCAACUCCCACAGCUAGCUAACCUCUAUUUUCUCCGUCGCUUCCCCCAUGUCAAACUGAACAAAACCCAACAGGCAAGUCAAACUUUCAACGUGAUCCUCUGUGGUUUGGGCAUCCAGCGGAAGUCGGUGGAGCAAUUAUCAGAAGAGCUUGAGCGUCUGUUGGGCGUUGACGGAGGUCUACAAGGCAUAAAACAGCGCCAGUCGGUUGCAGGUGUUGAUGGCUUCUUCUGGAGCAGCAGAGUCGAAACGACGUCUGCUGGAGGUCUAGUCAAGAGGCGCCUCAGGGACGAUGGUCAGCUCAGUACCGACCAACCAAGUAGGGGCUGGACGCGGCGUAUUCGUGGCCUCCUCUUCGUUAUUAUCCGCGAACUCGUCAAGUCUCUCGAUGAGACUCUCGAGACUGCCGGAGAUGAUGUCCAACCUUACCAGCUUUGGAAUGAUGGGGAAAGUAAUGAAAGCCGUCAGCUGCCUUCACAUCAGGCAUGUGCUCGCAUUGCAAAUUUGAAGUCGCUAUUGCUUCAGGGCAAGAUCAUGCCAGGUCUGUUCAGUCCCCCCACCUCUGAUCUGGAGAAGCGUGACUUUAGCAAUUUAAAGUCUUCUGACGACGACGAGGAGGCGAAUCUGGGCGACGAGUUCGUAGUGAAUGAUGUUACAUCUAGUAACACAUCAGUGGCAUUGAACGACGCGGUGGAGCAGGCGCGCCGUGCGGAAUUAGUCAAGCAGUUACUUCGUGAAGAGGGAGAUGUGCAACUUGCUCGCUACCAAGUUAAGGGCUCGGAGAAGAGCUGGACUGCUGCUGUGGCUGGUCACGGCUCCGAGCUCUCUGCCCUCCACGUGCACAUUCCAGAUGAGAAAACAAAGGAUGGGGGUGCAAAGCGUCGGCGCGAGGUCUUGGGCGACAAGAGAGAGCGGAAGCGCAGUCGGCGUCACACUCAACUCCCUGUCGUGACCAUCGGAGGAAGUGAAGGUGGUCGACAUAAACAGGGCAGCAAAUAG